GUGACCCUCAACGCGCAAUUGUCACGAUGAAGCUUCUUUUUACCACUGUAGUAGCUGCAGUAGCUAGCGCCAAAUGCUAUGAACCUACUUUUGCCCACCCUCUGCCUGAAUAUGACGCUAAUGAUGCGCUCCUCAAGCAUGCCUUCGCCGAAAUCAACACAGCUAUCAUAUCAGCUGUUGCCGCCCCCGAAUUCUCUGCGACAUCUUUAUCUGUAGAGAUCACAACCUCAAAAGAGACCCUAUGGUCUAAGCACCAUACAGCGAACGAACGAAACGCCUCUCGCCCUGAUAUACCCGAAGUCAAUGGUGAUGCUCUCUACCGAAUCGCCAGCAUCACGAAAACGUUCACUGUUUUGGGUAUUCUGUUUCAAGAGAAGGCGGGUAAUCUGAGUCUAGAUGACCCAGUGAACAAGUACAUCCAAGAGCUGAAGGAGGACCAGAAUGGGACUUUGCCAUGGAAAGACAUCACGCUGCGUAAUUUGGCCAGUCAGCUAAGUGGCAUACCCCGCGAAUGUGCGCUACAUGCCAAACCUUGGCCACUUGUCUCCUGGAGUGGUUGCCAGACGCUUGAAGACUUGCUCGGUGCUGUCAAGUCGCAGAUCCCCAUUUUCGCACCAAAUCAGCAAUCCACGUACUCCAAUGUCGCUUUUGAGUUGCUUGGGAUAGUACUUGAGCGAGUCGCCGGACAAGACUAUCGAUCGUACAUCGAAGAGGCAAUCUUCAAGUCUCUCGAUAUGAGCAAGAGCACACUCUCUGUGCCGCCUGACGAGGCCGGCGUAAUCCCGUCAGGUGACCACUAUUGGGAUGUCGAUGAGGGUAUUCAGAGCCCAACGGGUGGCAUCUACAGUUCUUCCAAGGACUUGUCCAAGUACCUUCGUUACGUGCUUACCCACUACAACGGCCUCACACAUGCUUUGAACUGGUUUAAUCCGGCAUCUCCUUCGCGUGGAUUGAGCUCGUUCUAUGGUAUACCAUGGGAAAUCUUCCAUACCGAUCGCGUACUGCAAGACUCCCGUCGUACAGUGCGCUUCGUGACCAAAGGGGGUGGACUACCAGGGUACACUUCAAUCAUUAUUCUCGCGCCCGAGUACGACCUAGGCUUUACUAUCUUGGUUGCUGGAAACAGCGAGCUGCUUUUGAAGUUGCAAAACAUCGUCACCAAGUUCAUUCGCCCAGCGGAGCAGCUUGCAGUCCAGCAACUUCAGGAACGCUACGCGGGUACAUACGUCAGCUCUAACUCCAGUCUGAACUCCUCAGUCACACUGGUUGCGGAUCAUCGCGGCCUUGUUGUGACUGAAUUCAUCUCGAACUCUUCUGACAUUCUCAACCUUGGCUCCGUGAAACAUUGGAUCCCGAGGCAUGGCUUCGCACAACUUGUUCCAACACUACUGUAUCGAAAUGCGCAAGACCAAAAGGGCGAAGAGUGGCGUUUGCAAGCAGUCGAGAAUCGCGACCACGAUGAACGUGCAAUCUGGGACGAUUUCUGCAUGACAGAUAUCGAGGGCCCGUUGUACGCAGCUGUUCCCAUCAACAACUUCGUAUUUUGGGAUCAAGGCCAAGGGGAGGGAUUUGAGACUCUUGAGCUCAGCGCGUUCCGCACGAACUUGACGAGAGUGCCUGGAAAGGGUUUGGUGGAGAAGGAGAAUAUCGAGUUGUAGCUGACGUCAUGGCAGUGCUUCAGAUACGAGGUACGCCAAGAUGUGUAUAGCCGAGCUUAUUUCAUCCAAGCUUUGCUUGAACUUCCCGAAGGGUGGUCACCUUACCACAAAAAUAUCGAAGUGGA